GCGGAACCUGUUGAUGACGGAACUUGUUGACGCCACAAACUCCUUGUGUUGAAGGCUCCUUUUUUCCCCGUUCUCCCUCUCUCCAUCCCUCCCUUCUUGCUGCAACACGAGCCAGCUGAGACUGAGCUUGCGUAUGGUGUUUGUUCAUUUAUGCAUUUUGCAAUUGGUUGUAGUUCAGGAGAGCUGAGGGUAGAGUUUGAGUCGAGCAUGUUGAAGGGGUGAGGAGGUGAGGAACGACGAACAAGGGAAAGGGAGGGGGUGAGCCUUUUCUUCAUGGAGAAGGCUGUGUGCGCUGCGGUCCAGGCGCCCGCGAAGGCGUGGUGCAGCAGCGGGAAUGUAGUGUUGCGGGAGGUGCGAUUUUGUAGGUUUAGGAAGGCGAGGCGGUGCGUCGUGGGUCUUAGGAGAGUUGGCCAUGGUUUGGAGCGGAGGCAGCUGUGGAUUGGCGCGGUAGAGGGUGCGGGGUCGGGGUGUGGAUACGGACAUGGCCAGCGGAGGGUGAGGAGUGUGUUAGUUGUGGCGGCGACGUCGAAAUCGGUGGAGGGCAUGGCUGUGGACGAGAGGAAAGGGAGCAGAGUGGAGAUUGGGCGGAGUUUAGAGGAAUUGACGGAGGGGAUUGGGGGGGACAAGGAAGGGAGGAGAUUAGUGCAGGCGAUGCACGAGACGGCAAGAGUGAUUUUGGCCGAGUUGGAGGAGCAGAAGUUGCUUACUAGCACGUCUUGGUUCCCCUCCAAGUGGUUUCGUAUGGAUAAUAAUGCGUGGAUGAAGUCUCUAUCCUAUCAGGCUGCGGUGCACUCUCUCCUUCAAUCAGUUAUUGACAUUGCUGCCCGAGGUGAGGGGAAGGAUAGAAGUACCCAUGUGUUCGUGCAGCGCAGGCUAUUGGAGAUAUCAUCCCCGCUAGAAGACUCUAUCAGACAUGAGUUAUCAUCCAGGGAUCCUGCUGCUGAUGACUGGCUUUGGUUGAAACAGCUUCCACUUGCAACGUCAAAUUUUGUCAGAAUUCUGGAGGGCGACAAUCGCUUCAACAUCACUUCCACGGAUGAUGCAUCAAAGCUGUCUGAUGAGAGUGAUGUGGAGCUUUUGAAAUUGGCCAUCAGCACCACUGCCGCAUUAUUGCUUCUUGGCUCCGCCCCAGUUUCGAACCCUAUAUUUUCUUUGGUUCUUUUGCAAAGAAUCUCUCAUCUCAUGGAGAAGCUACAGGAAUUCAUUCCAAUGAACCAGGUCUAUCGGUUCUGCUCGGAUACUGGAUUAAAGCGGCAAUUUUUGGAAAAUUUUGGUUCUCGAGCUGCGGAUGAUAAGAAAUGGCGGGACGCCGCGGAAGGAGAGUUCUGGGUAUACCUUGUGCAUCAGCUUCUGCGGGAAGCUCUUAUCAGGGAGGGUGUUAGGUUAAGACUUAAAUCUCGAGACCCUAUUGAGGUACUUGAAAUGGAUCUAGCGGUUUUCGGUUUUUUUGCUGUUUUAGGAAGAAAUACUCGAGCUUACUUGGCAUCUAAAGGUGUUAGCGACUCAGAGGAAUCUGUUGAAAGUCUACUUAGGUAUAUGGAAGGUGGUAGCGUGCUUUUCUACCCCCAAUUGGCAACAAUACCCGUCUACCAACUCUUUAUUGAGGUAGUUUGCGAAGAGAUGGACUGGCUUCCAUUUUAUCCAGUGACUACUGCAGUUAUAAAUCACGGAGCUCACGAAGAGAAUGAUAAAGUUAAGUCUGAAGUUGGAAAGGUAGAGAAGCUGCUGGCAAUAGCCGUAGCUGCUCAGGUCUGCUCGAUAUGGCUUAAGAGCUUUGUCGAGCACAAUGUGUGGAUACGGCAACCAGAAGGCGUUCGAGCUGCAACAUUCCUUUCGAAAAGCCAACAGCGCCUCGAAGAGUGUAACGAAGUUUACGAGCUUGUGAAGCGUAGUAGAAAAGAUGAUAGCCUUUGGAAUGGAGUAGCUGAAGGGGGAAACAUGAACGGAUCUAUUUAUCAAAAUUUGCAAGAGAGGUGUGCAGAGGAGGCCAGUACCAGCGGGGCCGACAGAUUUGGUUCAGAUUUAGAACCAUUAAGUACGGAUGGUCAGCUUGCAGUAGAGCGCAAAAUUUUACAUGAGGUGGAUCAACUAUUAAAAACCGUAGACAAGGAAAUGCAAUGCGUGGAUAUUGCCUUAUCGAAAUUGGAAUUGCUGGUCAAGGAGUCUGAGAUGACUGACUCGGCAGAAAGUGGACGACUACGCGCGGAUCUGGAUAAGAUCAGGUCUCUGAAACAGGAUGUCGAAGUUUAUAAGGCGUCUCUCAAGUCUAAAGCGGCUGCGAAGGAAAUGAGGAUUGUUGAACUUGAGGAGAUGGAUAAUAGUAGGAACAAUCAAGUUCGCAAUUCGGGAACCACUGUAGACGACACGAGUUUGCAGUUUCAAAGGAAUCGCGAAUUUUCAGACGUAGCAAACAAAUAUGACGAGAAAACUGUAGAGGCAACUAUUUUAGAUUCAAAGAUUGUCAAUACAUUUGAGCGGUUGAUGACAGAGUUGGCUGAGCUUGAGGCUCGCAUUCAGCAAUCUGCUGCUCAAUCAGCCUCUCUACGGUCAUUGUCACAGGAGGAGUGGAAGAGGGCAUCUGUAUAUGAUAUUGCCACAACAACUGCCUUAGCUAGAAUAGAUGAAAAUGUGGAUCUGUCUGAUUAUGGUUUCUUCAGAAAAUCGAUUGAAAAGCUGAAAAAUGCUAGCCUUGAUAUAUGGCGGGGCUCAUGUUUGUUGGGUACGGACGUAGGAACCUCUCUGGUUCUUCUAAGGCGGAAAGUGUUAGGUCAAAAACUGACCAGCCGCGAGAAGAAGAUAUUGAAACGCACAGUUACCGACAUGGCAUCUGUUGUACCCAUCGGCAUUUUAAUGCUCCUGCCUGUAACUGCUGUUGGCCAUGCUGCAAUUCUAGCUGCGAUCCAAAAAUAUGCUCCUGGUUUGAUCCCAAGCGCUUAUGGACCCGAACGAUUAGACGUAUUAAGGCGACUGGAGCAGCUUCGGAAAAUGGAGCCGGAGACUCCAGAAUCAGCUGAUGUGUCCUCUUGAAGAAAUCUCGACGCCCCUUUUGGCGAGGAAGCGGCAUGAACAGGAAACGGAUGAGUGCCAGAACACAUUUGAAGAUGUACACGUAUUGAGAUUUGUUAUUACAACAAGAUGCAUCUUGUUACCUUAUCAUUGCUAUUCAAAUACAAAACCCUUCAUUCUUUUGGAGGUAGUUUACUUAGUGCUUCUACUAAUUGUGAUUCUUAAUUUAGUAUAAAAUGGUCAAACAACAAAUCACUACUUGUGUACCAUUACAGUGUACAUGAUAGAACAAAAGAAACCACUCAGGGUAAAUGUACCCCAUGUGCGAAAUUCAUUGGUCUAUUGUUGUCUUGAAACGUUCUCUCCUUAUGGAAUUCACCUCCGCAAAGCUUUAGUUUAUAUCAUUUCAAGCUUACUAAUGUAUUUAAGUAGAGUUGGGUUUCAGAAUAUUGUGUCUCGGUGCUACAACAAUUGGAGGUUCCUAGUCUGCCUCUGCUGGCACAGUAGGGUGAUAUCAACCAGAUCAGCAGAUACCAACCUGAAAGGAGGUACACAAAUUCAUCAUCGAAAAGUUGUAAUCUGAAUUAUUGGUUUAUAAUACUCUAAAGAGAACAGUUCCGGCA